ACGAUGUGUUUAUUUUAGCAGGAAAUCGAACGACAUUCCCGUCGAGCGUAGAUUCUUAUUUAAAUUGUUGAUCGAUAAUCAACACUAAAAAAAUACAAGACAAUCCUGACUGCACUUGAUUUUUUUUCUUAGCUAAUAUGUCUUCUGAAUUUUAUUAUUUCUAUUUGCAGGAUUAAUCGUAAACAGCUUUUAAUCCGGAGUCCGGCUGCGUCAAAGAACUGUUUUGACGCGGUCAAUUGACGCUUGUAUGUUUUGUAUGCUGCUACUGCACGGCUCCCACGGUUUUGCCGGAUCCACAAAUUGCAAAUAGUACAUGGAGGCAAAAUAGCGCAGAUGAGGCGGCUUAUGCUCGGGACGCACACUGUGAAAUAGCUGAAAGCAUAGUAAAGUGUAAUUUUGCAUCGAGAGACGCCUCUCUGCAGGCUCUCCGUUUCUCUUGCAGCGUUGAAUUGCUAUUGUGUAUAUCACCAGAGCCAAAACAGUGUGUGUAUCUUACUGCUAUAUACUAUAGUAUAAGCGACACCGCUUAAAGCUAUUCAACUAGGCCGUGCAAAGACAUUUCACACGCAACUUAAUAAAACGCCGAGGUGGAAAAAAAAGGAAAGGAAGAACAUUGCAAAAUACGUCAACCGCAUAUAUUAGCACUGCGUCGUGCAGGUUCGUCGUCGUUUCAUUACGACACGCGCAAAACUUGUGCAUAAUAAACCAUCAUCAUGAGUAACAUGUCACCCUUCGGCGGCGGCAAGCAUCCGCCUUGGGCCCGAAACGCAGGUCAAGGAAUUCAAAAUAUUCCUCAACAAAUGUUGGGUCAAGCAAUGAAUCAAGCUAUGGGUGGUCAACCAAUGGUUCAAUACCAACCACCAAAUCAACAAGUAUAUCAGCAGAGCCUUAAUUUGCAACAACAAAAUAUUAACAUGGCAUCAAUGGCUCAGUUAAAUGCCAAUAUGUCAUCUGGGCUAGGUGGACAAUUAUAUCCUCAAGUAGCUACAGUUUCUUAUCCUACUCCAAGAACAAUAAACACCAAUGCUUUUCCGCAAUCAGUAGCUGGUGUAGCAGCAGCGGCACAACAAGUUCAACAACAAAAUGUGCCUCCUUCAUCAACCAAACAAAGAGUAUUUACUGGAACAGUCACAAAAGUACAUGAAAACUUUGGUUUUGUUGACGAGGAUGUAUUUUUUCAAACAAGUGCUUGUGUCAAGGGAUCAAAUCCAGCUGUUGGUGAUAGAGUACUUGUAGAAGCAUCUUUUAGUCAUAACAUGACUUUUAAAUGGAACGCAACAAGGAUACAAGUACUCCCAAUGGGUAACAACACCAGCAGUGCUAAUUCACAGACAACGGCAACAGCUGCUCGACAAAGUCAACCUGUAAGAUCAACAGGAGCAUAUAGUGCAGUACCUCCUCCAUCAGAUUCUUCUAAUAGUAGAUUUAGUACAAGUAAUUCCACUAGCUCUUCCGUGAACAAUCGAAAUAAGCAGUCACGAGUUAGAGAACGAUCACCUCGCGAUCGAAGAAAUGAUGACGAUGAAAUUGAACGUAAACGUCGUAGAGAAGAUCGGAUAAGAGAAAGAGAGAAGAAAGAGGAACGUAGCCCAUCCAGAUCAAGAAGAAGCAAAUCCCCAAGACCUCGACGUAGAACAAGAGUGGUACCUCGUUACAUGGUGCAGAUACCAAAGAUAUCUUUAGAUUUGCCUGAAGCGGACGUUUUAGAGAUUAAAAGGCGUUACCAAAAUAUGUACAUUCCCAGUGAUUUUUUUUCCACCAACUUUCGAUGGGUAGAUGCUUUUCCACCUCACAUGCCAUUUACUCUUAACAAGCCCUGCUCCUUUCAUGUUAUGCACAAGGAUAUUGAUCCACCAAUUGAAAAUACAUCUAUACUAGAACCCCCUGAUGCAGAUUACUUGUUUUCUGCCAAAGUUUUACUUAUUUCUAUGCCACAAAUGGAAGAAAUCUACAAACGAUGUUGCGGCGUUACAGAGGAUCGAGACAGCGACCGUGAUUACAUUCACCCUACACGUUUGAUCAAUUUUUUAGUGGGCUUACGAGGCAAAAACGAAACAAUGGCAAUCGGUGGUCCUUGGAGCCCUUCACUUGAUGGUCCAAAUCCAGACAAAGAUCCGUCCGUACUCAUAAAAACAGCCAUCAGAACUUGCAAAGCUUUAACUGGAAUUGAUUUAUCUAAUUGCACACAAUGGUACCGCUUCCUGGAGCUCUACUACAGAAGGUCCGAGAGCAGCCAUCACAAGUCCGGCAAGCCACUACCUUCUCGCGUUGAAACUGUCAUACUCUUUCUCCCAGACGUUUGGCGCUGCGUUCCCACUCGAUUGGAAUGGGAUUCAUUAAACGGUAGCUACAGAAGACAACUCGAGCGCAAAUUAAGCCGUGGAAGUGAACCUUCUACUACUCCUACUUCUACUACCAUCGCUGCUGUCGAGCAACAACAACAACAGCAGCAGCAGCAGCAAGAUGCAACGUCUACAACGAGCGAGAACAAUGUCGAGAACGAGACUUCAUUGGUGGCAGUCGCACCGGCAGCCGAGCAAAAGGAAGAGAUAUCCGGAGAUCAAAAAGAACCAACACAUUAUUCUCAACUGGAUCCUAAAAAUAUGAUUGUAAAUGAACUGCGAUCGGAAUUGGCCGCUAGAAAUCUAAACUCUAAGGGAUUGAAAUCUCAACUUCAAGCAAAACUGACAAAAGCUUUGAAAUCCGAGAAAGCUAAAGAAGAAGGAAAAGAGGAAUCUGAUGAGAAUGAUCAAGAAUGUCCACCAUCUCCUGCCGAUGACGGUGUCGAUGAAAAAGAAAACGAGAAGGAGUUGGAGAAAGAGAUAGAAAAGGAAAAAGAAAAUGAAAAAGAAAUGGAAAAAGAAAAAGAGAAGGAAAAAGAAAAAGAGUAUGACGAAGAUAAAAAAAAAUCAUACGAACGAGAAAAAGCUUUACUGGAAAAACGAUUCAAUUUGCCUGAAGCUCCACACAUAGUUGUUCAUCCUUCGAAAACGGCAAAAAGCGGGAAAUUCGACUGCACUGUUAUGUCUCUAAGCGUAUUACUAGAUUAUAGACCAGAAGAUACAAAGGAACACUCUUUUGAAGUUUCCUUAUUCGCAGAACUUUUUAACGAAAUGUUGAUGCGUGAUUUUGGUUUUCGUAUUUACCGAUCACUAUUUUCUCUACCUGAAAAACCAAAAGAAAAAGAAGAAGAAAAGAAAAAAGAUAAAAAAGAUGACAAAAAAAAAGAGGAUGAUAGGAAGUCAUCUAAAAAAGAUGAUAAAAAAGACGAGAAGAAAGCCGAUAGUUGUAAAGAUAAAAGAGAUGAUAAAGAUACCAAAAGUAAAAAUGACGAUAAAGAUAAGGAUAAAAACGACGAAGAAGAUGAUGACGAUGAUGAUGAUUCAGAUGAUGACGAUUCGGUAAGGGAUGGAAGACGAGAUAAAGAUAAGGAUGGCAAAAAAAAGCGGGUCAAAUUAUACACUCAUGAUCCCUACCUACUUUUGUCAUUUGUCUACUUUGAUCAGACUCAUUGUGGUUACAUUUUUGAUAAAGAUAUUGAAGAGUUAAUAUACACCCUAGGUCUAAAUUUAUCCCGCGCACAAGUUCGGAAACUAGUCCAAAAAGUUGUCACAAGAGAUUCAUUACACUAUCGUAAAUUAACUGAUAAAGUUAAGGACGAUGAUACCAAGGAUGUGAAGAAAGAUGAUAUUGAUAAUGGUGAUACCAUUUCCAAAAUAGAUAACGAGGAGGAAACGCUUAAGUCUUUGGCUUUAGGCAACAAAAAAUUACUACCAGUAUUUAUCGGAAGCGGGCCACCAUCAAAACGUGCACGAGGAGAGGCUGGCACAGAUGACGUAGAGAUGGAAUCUGUACCGGACGGUUUUAUCAUGUUUAAAGGUUCUUUAAUCGAUGUCGAAAAAUUGAUUAACCAACUUAAAAGAUCGGAGAGUGCUAGAGUAGAAACAGAGAAAAAAAUGGUGGAAAUACAACAUGAAUUAACGACACUCAGUGAAAAGUCAUCGAAACAAAGCAGCAGUAUAAAAGAUCUAUCCGAGGACUUGAAAAUGUAUAAAGAUAGAUUGAGAGGAUCAGACGAUAAAGUUAAAAAAAUAUCGACUGAAGCAUAUUCGUAUCAAACAGCUUUGAAAAAUAUUUGUCACAUUGCUGGAAAGUGUUUACAAGAUAAUAAGAAAGUGGAAAUAGUUGAAAUUAAAGACGAGAAAAAUAGCAAUGAGCUCAACGGAACUCCAAACGAAAAUAAAUCCAAAAGCGAUACUCGGUGGAGUGACAAUAAAGUUACUGUAAAACGAGAAAUCUUUGAUUGUGAGAAGGACAAAAAAUGUGACAAUAAAGCUCUCGGAAAGAAAGAGCUAAUAGACGAUGAUAAAGAUAAAAAAUGAAUUAUCAUUGUUAUUGAAUAAAUGAUGUUUAGCUUUUAAUUCGCGUUUUGUACCACUUUACGCAACUAAAGUCAUUUUUAUUCAAGUUACUUUCAUGGAGUCGAUGAAUGCAAUUUCAUCAAGAUUAAUUAAUCGUGACAAAAAAAUUAAAUCAAGGCUUUUGUUGCUAAUUGACAUUAUUUUUUAACAAUUAGAUUAAAUGAAUAAUGUAUUUUGACGAAAAAUGUUUUUAAAUGUCAUUUAUAAUUGAGUUAAUCGAUCAAUGUAUUUAUAUACAUUUUCAUUGUUUUAGUUUCCACUUUCGAGAAUACAGCUUAUUUUAAGCGUGUUUUUAAUGUUUCAAAUUAUUCUAGUUUUUUUAUAUAAAACUAAUUUACUUACCAAAUUUUACUAAAUACAAUGCGUUUACGAAUAAAACAACUUAUUUAAAUAGUA